CCGCGCGGGGAGCUGUCCGUGUCAGUCGGUGCUGGAGUGUUUUCGUUGAAGCUGCUUCUCCCCCCUCCCUCACCCCGGCCCACCGAAACAUACGGGAGCGAUGGAGGAAGAGUUAAAAUGCCCCGUUUGCGGUUCCCUCUUCAAGGACCCCAUCCUCCUGCCGUGCUCCCACAAUGUCUGCCUGGCCUGCGUGCGGAACAUCACCGUCCAGACCCCGGAGGGGGAGACCCCGGUGCAGAGCCGAGCCUCCGGCAGCUCUGACUACGACUACCUGGACAUGGACAAGAUGAGUCUGUACAGCGAGACGGACAGCGGAUACGGCUCCUACACACCGUGCCAGCUCAAGUCUCCGAACGGGGUGCGGGUGUUUCCCCCGGCCAACCACCACCGACACUGCUCCCUCACCUGCCCGCUGUGCCACCGCAGCGUCUCCCUGGACGAGCGGGGGCUCCGGGGUUUCCCUCGGAACCGGCUGCUCGAGUCCAUCGUGACGCGGUACCAGCAGAACCGCCGGUCCUCCGCCUCCUCCGCCUCCUCGUCCUCCUCCUCCACAGCGGUGAAGUGCCAGCUGUGCGACCGCAACCCGGUGGACGCCACGGUGAUGUGCGAGCAGUGCGACGUGUACUACUGUAACGCCUGUCAGCAGCGAUGCCACCCGUCCCGCGGUCCGCUCGCCAAGCACCGCCUGGUGCCUCCGCCGCCAGCCCCGAACCGAGCAGCGGCGGCGGCGGGGGCACCGGGCGGUGCGGCGAGCGGCGCAGGCGGUCAGCUGCCGCCCGCCACCGCGCGGAAACCGGCGACCUGCGUGGACCACGAAGCUGAAAACUUCAGCAUGUACUGUUACAGCUGCAAGGCUCCGGUGUGCAUGAAGUGUCUGGAGGAGGGGAAACACGCCAAACACGACGUAAAAACGCUGCCCAUGAUGUGGAAACAACACAAGUGCCAGAUCUCCCAGGCCCUGAACGGAGUCUCCGACAAAGCUAAAGAUGCCAAGGAGUUUCUAGUUCAACUCAAGAACAUGAUGCAGCAGAUACAGGAGAACGGCGUGGAGUUCGAAGCUUGCCUCGUGGCCCAGUGCGACGCGCUGAUCGAGGCGCUCACCAGACAGAAAGCCAAACUGCUCACCAAAGUCACCAAGGAGAAGGAAUACAAGCUAAAGGUGGUGCGUGACCAGAUCAGCCACUGCACCAUGAAGCUACGUCAGACUACCGGCAUGAUGGAGUUCUGCCUGGAAGUCCUCAAAGAGAACGAUCCCAGUGGAUUCCUCCAGAUCUCAGAUGCUCUCAUCAAGAGGGUCAUAUCAUCUCAGGACCAGUGGGUGAAAGGGGCCCUGGAGCCGAAAGUAGGUCCUGAGUUUGACCUCACCCUCAACACCGACUCGCUGCUCCAAACCAUCCUGCAGCUGGACUUCUGCCAGGGCAAAGAUGUGCAGGAGAAUCCGUUAUUGAAACAAAUGCAGGUGGCUGACAGGGGUGAGGCUGAGCUGGAGACAGAGAGCCCAGGAGUGGAGUCUGGCCCCUCUGUGCCGCCGGCCCCUCUCCUGCAGCUGGAGACGUGCUGCACAAGGAACAACAGCGCCACCCUGGCCUGGAGGGCGACUGUGGCCCCCGUCAGCCCCAUUGAAGGCUACAUCCUGGAGCUCGACGACGGCAACGGAGGACAGUACAGGGAGGUGUAUGUGGGGAAGGAGACUGUGUGCACUGUGGAUGGCCUUCAUUUUAACAGCUCCUACAACGCCAGGGUGAAAGCGUACAAUGCUGUCGGUGUGGGGCCAUACAGCAAGACUGUGGUGCUCAAGACCUCUGAUGUGGCCUGGUUCUCCUUUGACCCCAGCACAGCUCAUCGGGACAUAGUUCUAACCAAUGAAAACCAGACGGUCAGCUGCAGCAGCUACGAUGACCGCGUGGUGCUGGGAACCGCCGCUUUCUCCAAAGGCGUCCACUACUGGGAGGUCCGCAUCGACCGCUACGACAACCACCCCGACCCUGCGUUCGGCGUGGCGAGGAUCAACACCAUGAAAGACAUGAUGCUGGGAAAAGACGACAAGGCGUGGGCCAUGUACGUGGACAACAACCGCUCCUGGUUCAUGCACAACAACUCCCACACCAACAGGGCGGAGGGAGGAAUCACCAAGGGCUCGACUAUUGGCGUCCUGCUGGAUCUGACCAAACGCACACUGACUUUCUACAUCAACAAGAAGCAGCAUGGACCGACAUCAUUCGACAACCUGGACGGGGUCUUUGUACCGGCCGUCAGCCUCAACCGAAACGUACAGGCGACCUUACUGACGGGCCUGGAGUUGCCAAAGACUACCCAACCGUAGGGGAUCUUCCAUCUCAGCGUGCCCUGGAUCUAAAGCAACCAGGGACCCAUUCCAUUCACGUCAGAUGGUAUUUACCCGUCUCCCGUGCUCUCCCGAGGUGCCCUUCAAUGUGAGACCCUGCUCCAUAACUUUGGAUGAAGGAAUGAAAUCUGGGUUGUUGUUGGCUCAUAAUACACUGAUUGGAAGCUUGUGGACCUCACUACAAGGAUGACUGGAUUGCCAUACUUUUUUACAUCCCAAUUUUUGCCCCAAGAAGUUACAUCAUCUGUUAUCGCACCUUGCAAAAAAAAAAUUGAACAAGAAGGAAAAUACAGCCUGAAUUUCCUCCUGAAGGCCUGAGACUAAACUAAUCAACUCCAGAACUGCCAGAAUCAAUGAUAAAGAUCCCCACACUGCGCUGUGAAACAAUGCUCUCCUUUUGAUUUUUCUAUUGGAGAAUUUCCAAGCUUUAUGAUUCUAAUGUGAGAUGUAGAAUUAGAAAAAAAAGCAUCAGCUGCUUUCAGUGAGCGAGGGAGAAGCCGUCCAGCAGCUUUUGCUGUUGCUCUUCUUCUUGGUUCUUCUCAGUAGAAGAAGAGCAACAGCAAUGGAGAGAGUCUUUUGUAGAAGUUGUUUCCCACAUGGAAUAUUUAAAAGCUACAUGUUCAGUGCACACUUUUUUUCUCUCGGUUGUGCCUCCAAGUGCUGUUUUCAAAGAGGUCUACACGCUGAGAUCUAAAGCUGGGGAGGAUUGGGCUGGAUUCCAUUUCCCUUUUCAGGAAUCUGACGGAUCUGCAAAGCGCCCGAGUGGCCACUAUGCAGGGGGGAGUGAUUUAUUUUGCAACCUUAAAGUGGUGAAAUCAUUUUGGUGCAAUUGACUUGUCAUUUCCUUUUCAAGAAGGAAGGGAUUUAGUUUACGAUAGAAUGUCAUUUGCCGCUCAGUUUUUAUCUGCCUCAAACGGUAGAAUAAAAGAGCCUCACCAGAUACCAGAACGCAUGCAUCAUUUUGCUAGAUAUUGAAGCAAUAGUUUGAUAUUUUUGGAAGAAAACUUUCAAAUUUUCCACUGAAAUUUAGAAUUAAUAUCUGUGAUUUAAAUCAGAUUGAGCAGCUUAAGAUUUUAGGGACUAAGGCAGAUUAAUUACAGGAGCAUUUCCUGCCUUGAUGUUUUCCCCCGCUGCCUCUCCCAGGUUCUGUAGUCCCCCCGACUCAUGAGGACAUGAUUUCACCUUGAGAAAUAAAGGAAUUAAAUGGAACACGAACCAAAACUCCCCCAACAGCUACUAUUCUAUAUCAGAGGCAGAGAAGAAAGUGUGCUUGUCUCAUGGUAGUUUGAAUUCUGUGCUCAUCCAUCAGUGUCUCUGUAGAACCUCUCGUCACACUGAGAAGUCACGUCAGGUGACGCUACGCCUGCUGCUGCAUUUCUCAUCAGGGAUCGGAUUCGGCAGCAAAAUUCAACCUAACCACUGUGACACCGGAUAUAACAUGAUGAUUUUAACACACACAUUGCCCGUGUAUAUUUCUCAACCAAAGCGGCAUAGGACAAAUGUCACCUUAUUGAUUUAAUCCUCGUUACUGAAAUAUUUCUAUUCCCUGUGAUGUUGCGUGAGAGUCAUCAGAAACACCCGCCAUACAAAGAAAUUGGACUUAGAUGUGAAUGGAGAACAACUAACAAAUGUAAAUACGUGAAGUAUGACUCUAAUGUGAGCUAUUGAGCAUGGAUUAAGCGUCAAAGAAGUUUACAAAAAUACCUGAAGCUGUACUGUAAAUAGUGUGCCGUGUCUUUGCAGUGAUGUUAAAGCCAUCUGCUACAACGGCUUGCCCUCUGCUGGUGGAUGGUGGCAACCACGGGAUCCCUUACCACGUGCUGCUGUGGCAUAACACCCGACUGUGAAUUCAUACCUUUUCAUAACCGCUGACUUUUUAAACGCCGUCAGCCAUCAUUUUCUGGGACAAGGUGUAAGAAUCGCCGCUGUCUUCAUAGCGCGCAUCGUCAGCUAUCUCAAACAUCUGAUCAGGGACAUCUGGAGUUGCAGUUGUUAACAUGUGUGAGUUUACAGUGUUAUGAUGGCAGGAAGCAAUUACAUAUUGCAUAACACACCCAAAUUAUUUUAAUUAUAGGUUCAACAUACAUUUUAAAUAUGCCUGGUGACUGAACAGUACUCUAAAUUAAAGAAGGCCUUACUUAAAUUAAUAUGUCCUAAUCUCAGAAACAUGGAAAAUGUGUGGGCUGUGUCUUUUUUUUAGAGAAUGUAUUUACCUGUAGAGCAUCAGCGUAGUGUUACAAGGUUAGAUAAUUUGGUUAGUUUUAUAAUAUGUAAGAAAUACUAGUGAUGAAUAAUGAUUGAGCCUUCUUGGGAUUAUGUAUUAAUACAUGAAUCAAACCGGCACCUGAUGCUGCAUUCAAACCAUGUGGAAAAGAUUGUUUUACAUCAAUAUUUUGUGGUGGAUUCUUUCAUCUUAUCAAAGCAUUUUAUCAUUUUGGUUUCAAUACUCCACCCUAUUAUAUAUAUUAUAAUGUGAUCAUAGUUUUGGUAUUUCACUUCAUGGUUUUCACGUACUUUCUACUUACAGCAUUGCUUUUGGCUGCAGAAGGCAAAUAAACCCACACUUGACUUGGUAAACUGUGCCUUCCCAGCAAUCCCAAGGAAUUGCAGGUUUAAUUAGAGAUUAAUUAGGGAUU